AUGGGGGAGGGAUUGGCAGUGGUAGUGGAAGAACUUCACAUUUGCCACGGCAAACAGAGGCCUCCGGAAGGAUGGGGGCUGACGAAUGAUAACCUCUCUGCACAGGUUGUGGUGCGGGAACUGCUGGCUCAAUACACCAAAGAGCAUAAAGAGAAGCCACUUUUCAGCUGGCUCCGAAACUGCGCUGAAUCUGGGAGUGACAAGCUGAGAACCAGCUUCCUGGCAUUUAACAUGGACACAGUCGAUAAUCUUGCCUUUCUGUUGAAAGCAGUGAAUUUUCGUGAAAGGGUUCUUCAGCGGAGUUUGGUGGCCAGAAUUUAUUAUAAGGUGAUGACCAAGAAAGAGGACUUUUUCAGUGCCUGGAACUCGUGUCUUCAUCAUGUUGCCUCCCUGUCUCUGGCACACAUCCAUAGAGUUACGUUAGAGCAGUUCUGCCUGGCAGUGAGGAGCUGUCCUGACCAAGAGGACCAGUCUUUGUUCAUGAAGUUUUGUGUGUUAUAUGGAACCAAGCUGGUGUUCCAGGAGCGAGCCUGGUAUCUAGAACAUAAAUUUUUGACUCCCAUGGCCAGCACGAGGAUUAGGAGUCAGUUGCUGGAUUUGUGCGACACGGUGAAGGAUGAUGCCCUGAGGGUGAUCUCUGCCUUUAACAUUCCACACACCUCCCUCCACGCACCAAUCGCAGGAAUCACCAAUGCGCAGGCCGCCUGGGCCUUCUACCCAACACCGCUGCAACCCGAGCCCCGAGAAGGGGCGCGCUUUCAGCCGCCCAAGCUGGAAGCCAAGUUAUAGCGGGCGUGGUGCGAAGGGUGGUGGCUCGCUCGCAGCUGCCACGACACUAGCUUCUCUGACGCCUGGAACUGGGGCCAAGGCCGGCCUGGCAUGCGCUGGGCCUCGGCCCUCGGGGAUUUGGGUCGCAGAGCAGGCAGGGUUCUCACCGAGGCUGGCGAGAUGCGCGAUGGGCUGUUUGGAAAGGGAGCCAGGCGGCAGCCCGGAACACAGGGCUUUAUUAUGUAACCCCGCCGGCCGGCAGCAACCUCUCCCAGCUUCCGCGCUGGAUCUCCCUAGACACUGGACUCCCCUGCGAACGCGCCCCACACCCGGGUGCCACCAAAGGUCUCCGGAGGUCAGUGAUGACUCAGAUUUACAGUGAUUUUGGAAAACGCAUUGGCGCUGCGUGAAAAAAAAAAA